AUGUAAAUAUGUCAAUGAGUGAAUUGAAAUCUGCAUUGUUCGCCUGGAAGCUAAAGAUUUUCUUUCAAAAUAUUUUUGUUGAGUUUUGGUCCAUUAUUGCACUAAUAUAACAACGCUACGACUAUGUCCUCUAGUCGGUCUAAAACGUCGAUACUUGACAAACCCCUGAGUAAAGGAAAGGGGGAAGUGUCUUUGGCCCUCUACGCCCUUUUAUUUUCAGAAAUCGUGCAAUAUUGCCAAAACCGAUCGCAUUCUAUCCAUGAACUACAAACGAAGUUAUCAGAAAUGGGAUAUGAUGUUGGGACAAGGCUUCUGGAUCUAUAUUUUGUAAGAGAAAGGAACAGCAAGCGGGAGAUUAAACUGCUUAACAUGUUGCUCUUUAUCAAGUCUACUCUGUGGAAGGUUUUGUUUGGCAAAGAAGCAGAUAAAUUAGAACAUGCAAAUGAUGACGAAAGAACUUAUUACAUUAUAGAAAAAGAUGCUUUGGUCAACAAAUUCAUAAGUGUACCCAAAGACAAGGGAUCACUCAACUGUGCAUCAUUCAAUGCUGGUAUCAUAGAGGCUGUGCUGACCAAUGGGGGAUUUCCAGCCAAGGUAACCGCACAUUGGCACAAAGGCACUACCUACAUGGUCAAGUUUGAAGAUGUUGUUAUAGCAAGGGACAAAUGUUUAGAUGAUCGAUAAAUACUAAAGUUUUUUGUUAAAUUACGCUUUUCUAAGUUCUUUUUUAAGCAUGAAAUAUGGAAUAUUUUAGGGUUUGCUUUGCUAACCGACUGUCUGAAGCUAAGCUAAAUAACCCAAAAGAAUAUAUCGGAACUGUUAUAUCGUUUUUUGGCCAAAUAGGGCUUCAAGUGCUCUUUUUGUCCCAAAUAAGGUACCACAACUUGAAUUAUCAGGUAAAAUUUGACUGCUUCACUUCAGACUUAAAGCUUUUAAACUGUUGGUUAAAAUUUCAAAAGAAUUAUUUAUAAAUAAGCUUUUCAUAUUGUAUCAGCAAAUCGUUUGAUACCUACGUUUUUUUUUAUUCCACUACAAGUUAGCCCUUGACUGCAAUCUCACCUGGUGGUAAGUGAUGGUGCAGUCUUAGAUGGUAGCGGGCUAACCUACUAGGGAGUAUUAUAGUCACCGGAACACUAUAUCGCUUAGCGCACGCCUUUGUUGGUAGUGGUAACUAGACAUGGCCAAAUCCUCCCACCUAAUUGGAUGUCAUAGGGAGUUUAACAAAUAAUUAGACCAACGUCUUUGACACUUAGCUACCACGCAUUGUCAUCCUAACUACACAUGUAAGCAUAGUUUUAGCACAAAAGGUUUGGGAAAACUGGUUUAAUAUUCAGUUACAACAUUUGACCCCCCCCCCCCUACACUAACAGAGCAACUUCGAUCAAAGCAUUUCAAAAAAUCGUCAGUUGCUAGGUAUACUAUAGUAAGCUAUACCUAACAUAUUCUUAAAACUUU